AUGGCGGACGACGGAGCGGCUACCGGGCAGCAAGAGAAGGAAGCGGCCGUUGGGGCAAGCGGGGCCCGGCGCGAGAAAGCGCCCCGGGGGAGCGGCCGACCCCCCACCGUCCGGGAUUUACAGCUUGCAUUGGCUGGUUUAUAUGAAGAUGAAAUUAAAAGACAACCAUUGCAAUCUGAUAAUCCAACAGCUAGAGUGGCCAGUCAUCCAAGAUUACCAGUUCAAAGUCUUAAAAUUGACUCCUUCAGAAGCUUGAGAAAACCAGAAAGAAGUAUGAGUGAUGACAAGGACAACCAAAGAUAUUAUUCAGGUGAUUCAGAAUAUAGGGGGCUCCAGGUAGUUGGAUCGUCUAAUAAAACUCCAAGCAAAAUUGUUGAUGAACUUUUCAAGGAAGCAAGAGAACAUGGGGCAGUCCCUUUGGAUGAAGUAUCAAGAGCUUCGGGGGAUUGUCAUAAAGCUAAAUCAUUUUCUGGUGGUGGAUACAGAUUGGGCAGCUCAUCUCGAAAGCGUUCUGAAUACAUAUAUGGAGAAAAUCAGCAUGGGCAAGAUAUUCAAAUAUUGCUUAAACUGUGGAGGAAUGGUUUCAGUUUAGACGAUGGAGAGCUGAGAUCUUACACAGAUCCAGUAAAUGCUGAGUUUCUUGAAUCUGUUAAAAGAGGAGAGAUUCCUGCAGAACUUCAACGAUUGGUGCAUGGAGGCCAAGUAAAUUUAGAUAUGGAAGAUCAUCAGGAGCAAGAAUAUAUAAGGCCUAGAUUAAGAUUCAAAGCUUUCAGUGGAGAAGGCCAGAAGCUUGGAAGCCUUACUCCUGAGAUUGUCAGCACACCAUCUUCACCUGAAGAAGAAGAAAAAUCCUUUGUUGAAGCUGUUGUUUUGAUUGAUGACUCCAUGCCAACAACUAAAAUUCAAAUUAGACUUGCAGAUGGAAGCCGUUUAAUACAAAGAUUCAAUCAAACACACAGAAUUUUAGAUAUUCGAAAUUUUAUUAUCCAGUCUCGUCCUUCAUUUGCAACCACGGACUUUGUUCUUCUGACUACAUUUCCCCAUAAAGAACUUACAGAUGAAAGCCUAACGCUAGAGGAAGCUGAUAUCCUGAACACUGUGAUUCUUCAGCAGCUAAAGUAAAUAUUGAAUGCAAUAUAGCAAGAUGGAGAAUGUGCCAUAUCAUUCUAUGCCAAUGCUUCCAGUAAGGUUGGGGGUGGGGGGGGAGGGAGGAAAGCAAGAAGAAACCAACAGUUUCUUAAGAAGAUCAAUCAGCUUUUAAUGCUGUUCUGUCUUCCAGUCACAAUUCAUCUGAAUUGGAUUUCAAGGAGCUUUCUUGAUACAAGUUAAUUUAUUUGAUACUCUUCCAAAACUACACUUGCAAAAACUGGUGUGAAUUUCACUAUUUAUUUUGGUAGAGAGUGGGAGGAGGGAUAAUUUGUUUUAAAGGAUGUAAAUGCAAUUUUGAAGUGACAGCUCUUUUUCUUGAGACUUGAUAAGACUUGAACUACAGAUAAACUUCAUGCUGCAUCAGCUAACAGCCAUUUUAAAAAAAUUUGAACCUUAUCAGUUUUGGUAUAUUUAAGUCCCAUUUAGAAGGUAUAUUAUGUCCCAAAUUGUGUUCAUAGGUUGAUUUCUUCCCACCUGUUUAGCAAGAUUUGAAUACAUUCUGUAAUGUUGUAGUGGUAAAAUAUUUGACUCAUUCAAGCAUUCUCCAUCAAUCUCAAGGAUGAUUUCAACUUUAAAACUGCUGAAUAGAUGUGGAAUUAGAGUAAGAACAUUUUAUAUGACAACUUCAUGUUGCAGAAUAUGAACCCUUUUAUAAGACAAAAAUGCAUGGUAGCAUAAUGGAUGAUUUUAAAAAUAAAAACCUCAGGGUCCACAGUUAAAAGUUCUGAGAGAGAUUCAUGGUCAUAUGAAAUAUACAUGAGGGCUAAUUUAUAUUCCCCCCUACUAUCCACUGUUUAUGGAGCAGAUGCUGUAUUUCAUGCACCUAAUCUACACACUCAUUUUUAAAUGCAUGGAUGGCUUCCCUUCUUCUAAAUUUAUACAGAAUUUUAUGCAUCUAAAAGUCCCAUUGGAAAACACACACACUCAAAUCUUGAGUGAGAUGUUUGUAUGGCUGGCUAUUCCUUUGGCAUUCUAAUUUUGCAGUUUCCAAUGGUGAUCGUGUCACACAAAUCAUUUCUCAAAGCUACGAUCUGAUGAAUCUCUGGUUGGCUGAUAUUAAGACCAUUUUCAUUGGUACUAGAUCAAGGCUUACCUUGUGAUUGUCCUCUAAUCUGAAUAAUAAGGGAGGGAUACACCCAGAGGGAUUGUGUGCAGCAGUUCAGAGCUGCUGUAAGGUUCCAAGUAGGAUUAUCCAAAUUCAGUUGUCAGCUCACAAGCAGUGACUUUCCUAUCCCUAGACCUGCAUCUUGCUCAGGUCAUCUUCCUGAGAACCCAUGAACCACCACCACCUCCCCCCAAAAAACUUGAAGGGGAAAGGAUCAUUCACUGUAUGCUGCAUCUACCUUUUGCAAAAGUCCAGUACAAAAUGAGUGCAGUCUCGGAGUCUUCUAGAAUAUGCAAGGAGACUUAUGGGAGGGGAAGUAUCUUUUUAGUCACUUCAUACCAGGCUUUUUUUUUUUAAAGAAACUUCAUACCAGGCUUUGAAGAAAAGAAGUAGCAGGAGGAAUUUGGUGUCUGCCACAAAUAAUGGCUGGCCACUAAGUCAAAUAAAAAAGGGUAACAGUUAGGAUUACAUAGAUAAGCACUCCCAAUUAACCACUGCAUGUAGAAAUCUGUUGAUUUGGAUCCACUGAAGUGUUUCUGUCCCAUGAAGUGCAACUUUCUCUUCUGCUGCAGCACCUUGCUCUGCAGCAGAAUGGUGAAGAUGAGAAAAAGUCACAUUCCAUGGGCAGAAAUCCUUCCAUCUUCAGAAAUGCUCUGGUGGAUUACCUAGUUUGAGGACUAGGUAAUUGUAUGAGGGUACACAAUUAGAACUAUGUAGCUGUGUAUUCAAAUUGUUCCAUAUCUUCAGAUCACCAUAUGUUAAAAUUUGUCUGACAUUGAAUUACAGAGUAACACCAAAACAAUGCAACCAAAUGUAGUUUCUAUUAAUACUGUAAAAAGUUGAUUAGUUUAACAUGAGGAACUACUAGGAAAGGUACCUUUGAGGUAGUCUGUACAUGCUAUAUAACUCAUGUUCCAUGUUCGUUAAAAAUACAACAGAAUUGCUUUUAAAGUACACCUUUUCAAAGGAAGACAUGGAAGAAGUGGGCUGUGUUUAUGUCCCUUUAUGAACGUUGUAAAUAGUCUUUUCUGUACAUGUGAAUGUAUAAUUUUGCCACUUGGAUAGCUUUUGCUUGUGUCAGUAAUUUAUUUUACUAUUCCCCACAUUAAUGUUGGCUCAUGUAUUCAUACUUUUCAGAGAUACAACCUUUUAAGGGCAUCUUUGAAAAGUUUUCUUUGAAAGCAAAAGAAUAUUUUGUAAGUCCAAUGUCUGCACGUUUUAACCAAUCCCAAAGUCUUCAUGUGUGUUAAUCAAUAAAGAACAUGCUUUUAUUGA